CUCCGCUCCGCCCGCCGAAACCGAAAAAAGAAAAAGACAAAAUCAAUCGGUCUACCAUGUCCUUCACCCUCGUCAUGAGGCGAUCGGGCCUCCCGAUGGGCCGCCGCAUGCUCCGUUUCGAGUCGACCACUACCAGCACAACAGCAAACAAGGCCGCCGAUGCCGCCAAGCAGACGGCUUCCCAGGCCUCGUCGUCAGCAUCGGAAUACGCUUCCAAAGCCCAGCAGGGCCUGUCGCGCGUCACGUCAGCCGCCGGACCCGCCAUUGCCGGCGUCGCGAAGGGUGUGACGGGGGCUCUGGGCCGCGUCGGUGGUCGGACAGGACGUCUGGUUGCUUUUGUCGAACACCAGGUUCCUUCAAUCAUCUACUACUCCAAGGUCGGCGCCGAGCUGGCCAAGCUGGUCUUCAAGGGCCAGAACAUGACACCGCCGUCCGUUUCGACCUUCCAGACCUACUUCCGGAAUCUAUGGAAGCAAAUGCAGAACCCGGGCGCCUUGGCUCAAAGCAUGCUGAAGUCGGCCAAUCCCCAGCAAGUGCGGAACAUCUCGAGGACACAAGUCGUGGCUGGCGGUGUACUCCUGGCCGAGUGCCUGGGCUUCUUCACCGUGGGCGAGAUGAUUGGCCGGUUUAAGCUGAUUGGCUACCACGGCGAGGUGCAUGCUCACCACUGAGUCGGGCUCCUGGAGAUGGGAGGAAGCGAGGGGUGUUGAAUUGAGAACUUCACCUUUCCCCGUACCACUGGCCAGGAACCGCGUUCUUCUGGCGGCGAGCAGUUAGGGGAGGGACGAAGCUGGAAUGCAAGGAGGCAGAGUUCUGUUUCGCGGGAUAGAUGUGAUGGUGUACCGGAGUGUUCCGGUUCCUACUAGAUCCGCCGACCCAUCGGUACGGUUACACCUUGACCCGACAGCAAGAGAGACAUGGCCGAGCUCCGGGCCAGCUAAAGCGCGUCCACCCAUCCCGCCAAAACGAGUGUGGUGGUAUGGUUUCUGUCUUGGCUUGGCCGGAUGGGGGACGACCACACGGG